UUUAUUUUGGUGGCAUAUCUUCAGUCCACUGUACUAUCAUUUUAUGAGGGUCAUUUAAGGAUGAUGCAAAUUUUACUUUUGAGUAAUGUUGAGGUUUUUGCAGGUGCCUGUACCCAUUACCUUUAGUAUCUGGUCUAAGUAGCGUCAGAAUAAACAUUCCAUCUGAUCUACGACCACCUGAAGCAAGACAAAACAUACUUUCUGCAGUUCAAGAACUAGGAAAGCAUUACCCCCAAGGGCUUCCAAAGAUGCAUCCAAUUGCGGUGAAAAUUCUUCCUACAUAAUGUCUCUUUUUAAUUGAUGUUAAUUUUGCACGGCAAGCAUCAUUUUCUUCUCCUUACAUAAUGUCUUUUUAUAAGCUGUUUUUUGUUUUGCUUUGCAAGUAUCAUUUUCGUUUACCGAGAUUUGAAAUUCAAAAUAUGAGAACUCAAAUAUAUCUCGUCAGGAUUUAGAUGUAAGAUCCAUCUCUUCAGAUGAGAUAUAGCAUAUCUGUUUUUCUUCAAUACAUCAUCCACCAUGAUACACAGGCAGAUAAAACAAAUGCUAUAGCUUAAAUACUAAUAUGAUCUUUAACCCUUUGAUGUUCUCUCUUGAUCUACCUUAUGUUAGCAAUUUUUUACUCAGAGUAUCAUUUCCUCAAAUAUAUCAUCCGGCAUCCUUAAGCAAUCUUUCUGAAUCCUGGUGUCAUUUUUUACAUUUUACGAAUCUGAUAUUAUCUGGUAUAAUUAGUAGGACAUGGGUAUUGAAGAACCUGAAUUAGUUGACGUGGUUCAUAAACUUGAGGUUCUCGAGCAGAAACUAGGUUCUCAUCCACUACAUAAGUCUGAUCAAAGUGACCAGCAACUGUCAUGGUACCAAAAAAAAAAAGCUGAACUGAAUCAUGAAAUUCAACAAUUAAAGUCAAAGAUGCAGGAUUCACAGCUACAAAAAUUUAGGGAUGAACUAAAGAACCGGUCUCUUGUUCUGAAAAUGCUUGGUCACAUUGAUGCGGAUGGUGUUCUCCAGUUAAAGGGACGUGCUGCCUGUUUAAUAGAUACUGGGGAUGAGCUGCUUAUCACUGAACUUAUGUUUAAUGGUACCUUUUUAAUAUGA